GCGCCUCACCUGAGCGCCGGCAACUCCCCUGCUGCGGGUUCUGCACCUCUCUAGCUUCCCGGCGUCUGGGCCACCCUCUCGCUUAGCCAGGUCCCCUUUUCCCAUGCUUCCUGACACUAAUGGAGGCUGCUCCAGUACCUGACUGGCCAACCCCAAGCGUUCCCGAUUCUCCCUUUUACAGCUCUCGCCCCUUCUGUGCCGACGCUAGAGAAAGACUUUACUCCAGGGGCUUCUUCCUCACUGAGGAAUUGCUGGUGUAGGCUCCAAAAUAAACAUCUGAAUUCGUGAUGGCAUCGACAGAGGCUCUUAAUGGAUUAAAAGUUUCAAAACAAACAAUAACGCUUUGGAAAAAGGGUUGAUGUCUGCCUGUAUUUCAGGCAUGACCAUGGAGAAAAGUGGGAACAUACAAUUGGAGAUCCCUGACUUCAGCAACUCUGUUCUGAGCCAUCUCAACCAGCUACGAAUGCAAGGCCGUCUCUGUGAUAUUGUGGUCAAUGUACAAGGGCAAGCUUUUCGGGCUCACAAAGUAGUACUGGCUGCCAGCUCCCCUUAUUUCCGGGAUCACAUGUCCUUGAAUGAAAUGAGUACUGUGUCCAUUUCUGUCAUCAAGAACCCUACUGUUUUUGAACAACUUCUUUCUUUCUGUUACACAGGGCGGAUAUGCCUGCAACUAGCAGAUAUCAUCAGCUACCUAACAGCUGCUAGUUUUCUACAGAUGCAGCAUAUUAUAGACAAAUGUACACAGAUCUUAGAGGGCAUUCACUUCAAAAUUAACGUGGCUGAGGUUGAAGCAGAAUUAAGUCAAACAAGGACAAAGCAUCAAGAGAGACCUCCAGAGUCUCACAGGGUUACACCUAAUCUAAACCGCUCACUUAGUCCACGGCAUAAUGCCUCAAAGGGAAACUGGAGAGGACAGGUCAGUGCCGUGCUGGAUAUCCGAGAGCUCAGUCCCCCUGAGGAGUCCACCAGUCCUCAGAUAAUUGAACAGAGUUCUGAUGUAGAGGGCCGGGAGCCCAUUCUUCGAAUCAACAGAGCAGGACAGUGGUAUGUGGAAACAGGAAUCGCAGACCAGGGGGCCCGGAGUGGUGACGAAGUUAGGGUUCUUGGAGCAGUGCACAUAAAAACUGAAAAUCUGGAAGAGUGGCUUGGGCCAGAGAAUCAGCCUUCUGGAGAAGAUGGGAGUAGUGCAGAGGAAGUCACAGCCAUGGUGAUUGACACCACAGGCCAUGGCUCUAUAGGACAGGAAAGUUACACUCUAGGGUCUUCAGGAGCCAAGGUAGCUCGGCCAACCAGCAGUGAAGUUGACAGAUUUAGUCCCUCCGGCAGUGUUGUUUCCAUGACAGAAAGACACAGAGCCAGAAGUGAGUCUCCUGGGAGAAUGGAUGAGCCUAAGCAACUUAGCUCCCAGGUAGAAGAGUCAGCUAUGAUGGGGGUAAGCGCUUAUGUGGAGUAUCUCCGAGAACAAGAAGUGUCCGAACGAUGGUUCCGGUAUAAUCCACGUCUCACCUGCAUCUACUGUGCCAAAUCUUUCAACCAAAAGGGAAGCCUGGACCGCCACAUGCGCCUGCAUAUGGGAAUCACACCAUUUGUCUGCCGUAUGUGUGGGAAAAAGUAUACCCGGAAAGAUCAGCUGGAAUAUCACAUCCGCAAGCACACAGGCAACAAGCCCUUUCACUGCCAUGUUUGUGGCAAAAGUUUCCCCUUCCAGGCCAUCUUGAAUCAGCACUUUCGAAAAAACCACCCUGGUUGUAUACCCCUGGAAGGGCCUCAUAGCAUUUCUCCUGAGACUACUGUCACAUCUCGGCAAGCUGAAGAAGGGUCACCUUCACACGAAGAAACAGUUGCUCCUGGGGAAUCUGCCCAGGGCUCAGUUUCUACUACCGGGCCAGAUUGAAACAUAGAGGGGGAGGGGGCAAACCCUCUUCCCCUUUGGGCCGUAACCAGCCCCUAUCAGGACCAUGGGUUGGUACUUAGAUUCACAAAAUACCACCUCACUCAACUAGAAGAGGUUCCCAUGGUUUUGCCAAAUUAGAAGACCAACAUGUGGAAAGCACUAAAGGCUCUUCUCCUCGUUCCCACCUCACACUCUGGAAAAUAAUCAAGUAAAUCAGCUUCUAAUUCAGGGAUCAACAGCCUUGGUUUGUUAACUUUAUAAGAAAAAAAAAUGUUUUUAAACAAACUGAUCAAUGACUGGUCAUUUAUCUACCAAUCAUGAUUGAACACUGUACUUAAGUUCAUAUCACCUUGAUGGGUGAAGGCCCAGAUCUAAAAAAGCAGCAGGAGCCUUGGCCAACUGCAGCGGCCUAUCAGAAGAGGGGAAGGUAAAGGUAGUCUCAACGGUGAGAACGCGGAAUUUUUCUUUCCUCUUCCCUGCCAGCGCAUGCAUUUCCAUGUUUAAGGGGGAAAAAAAUGAAUGCUGAUGGUUCUUAAUAGUCUAAAAGGUUAGAUUGAUGUUACUCUGGUGAGGCAUCUAAUACUUGCCUAGUUGUUUCUUGUGUUCAGUUCAAGGUAGCUAGUUACCUUGGAGCAGUGUUCCAGCAGGCAGAAUCCCCUGAAGCACUUGGGGCUUGGUGAAGUAAAUGAACCCCUAAGUGUUUACAGUGGGCACUCUUAUGAGAGCUUGGGAGAGAGGCAGGGGAGGAAGUACUUAUAAGCUUUGCAGAUACCGCUCGGAGCUGAACUGCAGCUUACUGUUUGGUGUUUGUAAACCAUAGCACUUGCAUACACCUUUGGGUGUUACAAAAAUGUUUCUAGUUACGUGAUUUAAUUUGUUAGGCUGACUACCAAAAGUUCAUCCUCUUGAGCUCCUAGUUUCAUAUAACAGCAAUAUUAUACAUCAAAAUGUCACUUUCCAGUGAAAUGAGGCUGGAUUGUAUUUUUUAAGUCCACAGGUCGCCACAUUUGAUAACUUUUAUAUGGGGUUUUUAAACAGUUUUUUUCUGCAGUGUUAUACUUGAAGAGAGAUUCAACACUUUCUUAUUGCAACCACAGUUUCAUUUCCUUCAACAUAUUUUAUACUUCAUAUUUUCAGUCCAAUGAAGAACCUCACUUAAAUCUGUGUCUUGGGUCUGCAAACCUAUAUAUUAUUCAUAAGCCAAUUAGCAAAUUGCUGGUGACUCUAAGAGCUUUGUUUUUUGUUUUUCUAAAUAAUACACUACAGGGCACUUCACUUACAAGAAAAUAUCAUGCACAAUCAUGUUGCAAUAAAUGAUCAAGGGAUCAAUUCUUAUCAGGUGUGGUUAUACUAUCAUUCCUAAGAUUUUUAAAACUUCAAGGGGAUUUUUUAGUGAUCUUGAGUUUUUCUGAGAUUCUUAAUUCAGCUCUGAAAGAAUUUACCAAACACACAGAGCUUUUUAUGCCCACCUUGCAUGCAGAGAGAGAAGGAAUGUGAAAUGACACAGGAAAUGGAUGCCUGCACUCUACUGUGCAAAUAAGAGAUCUCUACCUUGAAUAAUGUUAAGAGAAUAUUUAAAUGUGUAAUUGUUUUUGUACAGAGAUGUGGAUGAUUCUAAGAGAUUUGGGAGAUGGGCUGGUCCUACCUUCACUAGUGAGCCGUUUAUGAGAAUGUGAAGCUUAUGUGCUCCUUCCUUGUGAGCACUCUGGUGUGUGACAAGGUGGGGGAAAGCCGUUUUAAAAUAAGAAACUGGAAUGCAGAGGGUGGCUUUGAGCAGCCUGAGAAUCAGAUAGCUGUAUCACUAGAGAAAGGUUUUCUCUUCUGAAGAAGUAUAGAAGUUCAUCUUUUGAAGGAAUAUUUGCUACUCCACUUGAAGAGCCUGCCCUUAAAAGCAGCACUGGUGAGUGGUGUCUCAUCUCUGAUAAUCACAGGCAGGCUUCUUGCUACUUAGUUGGGCAACAGCAUGAUAAAGUGAAAACUGUCUCCUAGAGCCACAGCAGGGAUUACUGCGCUCUCUCGGGGGCAUGAAAACAUAGAGCUGAAGGUCUAAGGAAACUUAGCUUGUGCUCAAGGUCUUCAGUGGACAGAUCUUAUCAUUACUGAUCAGGCAGGUGGCUCAGGAGUACAGGAGAUGCUGCUUCAGAUGGAUUUUUUUUUUUAAGCCGACCAAAAAUAUAAGUCUACCCUACUUUUGAAAAGUUAAGUUGUAUGCUAAAAGGUUGUUUUUUGCAUUGAUAGCUUUUUAGGUUAUAAUGUGAGAAAAUUGAGUUCUUAACUGUUACCAAAUUAUAAUGGUAAAGUGCAGUGAUUUCUGUAAAAAGAAGCUUGGAGCACUUAUCAACACUCCACCCAAGGUCAGGCACAAGCAGCUUGAAUGGGUAGAGACUGUCGAUCUCAUGUAGAAAUGUUGGGCGUGCUUGGUGGAUCCCCUUCCAUUGUCACUCAUUUCUAAUAGGGUUUUACUGUACUGAAACUGUGAACAGAGCGCUUCCGGUCCUGUGACCACAGCAGCACAAUCUUGGCUGGUUCUUUCCUCUUGGCCUAGCCAGAGCCAUGAAAUUCAUGAGACUUCUAGCCAGGCUUCCUUUGAAACAAAUUAAAGUUUGCAAAAAUAAUCUUGUGUUUUAGUUAGAAGUGAUACCAUUCUAAAUAUCCAGGAUUCAUAUCCAGAUUCACUGUGACACUGUCCUACUUCUUUGCUAACGUUGCUGUGGGGUCAUAAGGAUAAGGGUUAGUAGUAUACUAUGUAUAUUAAUAUCGGUGUGUACAAGGAGUAUGCUCAUUAAGGGUGUACUAAAUGGACCUUAGCUGAUGCUGAAACUUACUACCAAAUCUUGACUUGCACACGUCACCUUGUGAGGGGAACUACAUUAGCAGUGAGAGCUAAAUAAAUCAUCAGUAGGUAAUGUAAUGCCAUGAAAUUGCAAUAUUAGGACUGUUAUCAUUCAGUGGCACUUAGCAGCAGAGGAGCUCUCCAGUAUUCUGAGCAAAAUCAGAGAGUUGGCCGUGUGUGUGUGUGUGUGUGUGUGUGUGUGUGUGUGUGUGUCUGUUUUCACUCUAAAUAGACUUUUCAUUCUCUCUGAAUUCUGACACUGGCUUAAACUAUGGCAUUCGCAUGGCAGUAUCACUGUAUUUUCUCAGAAAGGCUCUUCCUAAUGAAUUCUUCUCUUUUUUUCUCAGAACCAUAAUUACCUCUAAACUGAAUUGAGUUUUAUUUUACAUGAAUUCCAAGCGACUCCAUAGUUUGGUGGGGUUUUAUUUGUUUUGUUUUGUUUUUGGAUAUAUAUAGCCCAGUAGGGCUUUGACCUCAUAAGUACUGAGAAUACAGGAAUAUACCACCACAUAUAGCCUCCAUUCCAUUUCAUUGUACUAAAGAACUAAAUCUAAUCUUGACUACAUAAAACUGAAUUAGUCUCUAAAGUUCAAAGAAGAAAGCAGUUAAGAAAAGUUUUCUUGUAUUUUUGCAUUUUAGUUUGUUUACAGUUCCCUUCCCAUCAGUGAAACAAUUUUCCAAAGAUGGUAUGGAGUAAUGGUAGACUGCCCAUCUUCUUCAUAGUGGGAAUCCAGCUUCCACUGGAUUUGUCUGGUACAAGAGUGACGUUUGUAACUUCAUUUUUAAUAGGUGAGUAGUCCUUUGUCCAAGAAAUAGCUUUUACAUAGUCUCACUACUAACUCAAACUAGUUUCUUUUUUUUUUUUUAGCAUGUAUAAAUUACUUUUUGCUUAACAAGAAGGUCUAAUUUAAAGAAAGAGAAGCAGUGGAAAAUGGAAAGACUUAAUUGUAGUAGAAAAGCCCUUAAUAAGAAAGAUUUGAAAUCCUGGAAGAUAUGUAAGCAGAUGUAAUUUAUUUUUUCUCUUCCAAAUAUGCUCUUUAUCUUAUUAGUAUACUUAUUUAUUCAAGGAAUAUUGACUGAGUCAUUACUGAGCAGUCUUUGGAAGUGGAGCUUUUUACACAGGCCACAAUAGAAAAGAAUUUAAGAUACUAAAAUACUUUCAUACCCAAGAGUUAGGAAAGGAAGAGCAAGUGGUUGCCAGGUAAAUCACAGAGGUUGAGUGUAGCUCUCAGCAGAUCAGAUUUCUAGGGCUCGAAUCAGAGCAGAUUUCAGCAAACCAUAUCCUUCAAGUGAAAUACAAAGGUACCUGCUUAUAUUGAAAAAUGUAUAUCCAAACACCUAUGGACUUAGGUAUUGUUUAUGAUUUCUUCAUAUUAUAAUGAUAAAAUUGAGUCCAUGGCCAACAAAGCCUAAAAGUGCUCCAUGUCUAGAAGGGCUCACAGGCUUGCCGGCUGCUGGCUUCCUUUCAGAGGUUAACUACAAAUUAUUUCUCCUGAUAUUUCGCCCUUAUCGUAGAUGGGUAGAGGCUUUAAUUUCAUGGUCUUGUCUGCAUCUGCACUUAACCCCGUAAGCCCUCUUGGUGUUUCUUGUGCUUGAUUGCCAUUCCAAAGGGUAUUUAGAAUGAAUUAUAAGCCAAAAGGAAGCAGGGUUAUGACUUGUUCUUGUCUAAAAAGUUUAAGUAGAUUAAGUUUAGAAUAGUUAUUUGUAUCAGAAUAUUUCUUAUUUUAAAAACUUCUCACUUAUAACAGUGUGCGACUAAAUGGCUAACCUGGUCAAAGCUUUAUGUUUUUAUAAGUAAGUUUAGCCAUUUUUUUUAUCUUGCUUCAACUGAUUUGCAUAAUAAUUUAAUCUCCCUAGAAUUAUAGGACAAUUUCUAUUACAGACAGAUAUUACUGAUUGUGGUAACUCUUGCCUGUAAUUCCAGCACUUGGGAGGGAAGGUGAAGGUGAGGGUCAAGAGUUCAGAGUUAGUCCUGGCUACAGAGAGUUUGAGUUGAGAGAGGUCUAUGUGAGACUCUCUCUAAAAAGCAAAACAAAGGGUGUUUUGAUCUUAUCAGAUGUACUGUUUUUCUAGAUUAGACACUUUUCCUUCAUUUUAGUUUUCUUAAGCAAAUUCACUCUGUCCUCGUGUGAACUAAUAAAAAAUCCAAAAUCUUUCUUUUUCUUCUGGAUGUUUUAAAACAUAGUAAAACAUCAGGAUUUCAAACUUCUCUUAGGCCCAUUCUUGCAUAUCUGCUAUUAUCUCCCUUGUUAAAAUACAUAUUGGACCAUUACAUAUUUGCUUUGUGAACAUUCAUCCUUAGUGUUAUAUAAGAUGCGGAGAAAUGUAACAUUUUACCUGUGGUCAUAGAAAAUGCAAGAAGAGAAUAUUGACUUCUCCCCAUUUGGAAAUAAGAGAAGGACUUCAGAGUUUUAUUUGGGCAAAGUUUUCUAGGCUGUGCUAAUUCAGUAUGGUGAGCUUGAUUUGUUGUUAUAAGUCCUAUCAUUUUAGAUAAAUGUGGGAUGAGUCAUUUAGUCUCCAUGCACAACAUGUCUUUGGUUUGGUUUGGUUUGGUUGUUUGGUUUUGUGACAGGGUCUCACUAUGUAACUCUUUGGCUGGCCUGGAACUGCCUAUGUAGACCAGACUGGCCUGGACCUCAGAGAUCUUUCUGCCUUCCAAGUGCUGGGACUCCAUGUGUCUCCAUGGUUGGCCACCUCUUUGUUAUUAAAGUUUCCUUCUAAUAAGAUAUUACUAUGUUUUAUGUGACAUAAUAGCCUCUGAAGAAUAGAUAAUCCCCAUUGUAAAGUUUCAGGCUAUUCAUCUAAGUUAAAUGUACCUUAUUUCAGAGCACAUUAUACUUAGUAAUAAUGGGUCUUCUAGUUGAUCUGGGACAUGUUACUUGGAAGAGAUUGCUGCAGAAAACUGAACAUCUAGCUAUACUCUUUGAGGUCUUGCUAAUAGAUGUCAUUUAAAUAGGAAUCAAUUGAAAGCAUUGACAUUUGCCAAGCAUUAUGACUAAUCCUCAGUAUUUUUGCUUCUUUGCUUUCCAGUAUUUUCCUGGUGUUUAGAUCAGGAGUUUUAAAUGGUGCUUCCUCCCACCCCCACCCCCCACUGGUGUUUUUACUUAGAUAGUAAGUAGGCUUUCUUCCUCUGAACAGGCCAAAGUUGAAUAGUAUCAGUAUGUUGGAACACCUGAGCUUGCUACAUUACAAAGAAAGUAAUUAUUGCUUAAACCCUUAGAGAUGUCUGUGCAGCUCAUCCCCUUUUGUUGUGCUGGGAGACCAUAUUUUUCUCAAAUGAUACAUACAUAACAAUGCUGGAAAGACAAAUAUUAUCUGAAAUCUACAUAUCUUUAUAGAGGGUAAAAAAUAACUUUUUAUAAAUAAUUUCUAAUCUCACAUCCUUUCCUUGUAUAUCAAAAAUUUAACUUCUUAACAGUGAAAAGAACCCUAGUAGCUCAACUAGUGGUAGCUUUAAAGCAAAGCUAGCUUAUAAAGGCAGAGUGGUGGGGGUGGGGGUGGGAGGGAGCUUUCCUUUUUUUGGCAGGGGUGGGGAGGUUGGAUUUGGUUUUUUUGGGUGUUUGUUUGUUUUUGUUUUUGUUUUUGUUUUUUGAGACAGGGUUUCUCUGUAUGGUCCUGGCUGUCCUGGAACUCACUUUGUAGACCAGGCUGGCCUCAACCUCAGAAAUCCGCCUGCCUCUGCCUACCAGAGUUCUGGGAUUAACGGCGUGUGCCACCACUGCCCGGCUACAGGAGGGAGCUUUCCUACUGCCUAAUAUUUUGUGUCUACUCAGUAGGUCCUGUGGAAGAGUCUCAAGUGCCCCGCCCAGUUAAGGUAGUCUUACACUGAGCAUCUCUCGUGACCAGCACUAUAAUUUAAUGCCCUGACUCUUAGGAUGUGAAUUAUUCCAUAAUGCCCGGAGUAUUUCAUGGACACAUGCAAUUACUUGUCUUCACUGGUAUGUAGGAGACUGUUCCAUUAAAGAACUGUUAAGUAUUUUUUGAUACCAGACAGUAUAUUUGGAAUUGUUAAGACAAACGAGCUUUAAUUAGUUGUGACUUACCCACUCUUUUGUUUGUUUUGUUUUUCUCUCCAGGGAGCCCUGGCUGUCCUAGAACUCACUACAUAUACCAGGCUGGAGCUCAUAGACUUCUGCCUGCCUUUGCCUCCUGAGCGCUGGGAUUAAAGGCGAGCUCCAGCAUGCCCGGCAAGACUUCCCAUUCUUGAGAGUUAAGUAGGUUUUACUUGAUGGGAGUCUGAUACAUGAGUUUUUAGAUAGCUUGCACUUUUUACUAUAAAAAGUUCUAAAAAAAACUAACAAAGUCCUUAACUGUAUGGUGUGCUCUACUAGCAUAACUACAGUUACGUCAAGAUAAUCCUAAGAUAAUAAUAGUAAUACUAAAAACAGCUAUUUUUUGAAUGUUUAUGGAAAAGACACAGUUCUAUUAAUUUAUCUGAUCCUCAUGCCAGUCUGUUAUGAUUAUUGUCAUCAUCUUAGGAUGACACACUUUGUCUCUACAUAAGCAAUCUGACACCUGAUAAUCGGAACAGCCUCUAGUGCCUUGAGUGAGUAUGAUUAUGGCACAUUUUAUAGAUGAAAAACUGAUGAGCCUAAGGGUACGUAGUUGAAGAUCUGACACUUACCAAUCCAGUUCUAAAGUCCAGACUACCUCCACUAUAGCGCAUUUCCUUCCUGUACAGUACCUACUAAUGUUCCUACUUUUAGUGAACUUGCAACCAAAAAUAAGGGCUCAAUGGUUAAGAGCACUGGCUGUUCCUUAGGACCUGAGUUUGGUUCCUAGCACCCACAUGACAGCUCAUAACCAGCUUGUUAUUCCUGUCCCAUAGGAUCCAAAAUCCUCUUCAGGUACCAAGCAUUUAUACUGUGCAAAGACACAUUCAGGCAAAACACCCAUAAAUAUAUAAAUAAGCAAAAUUUUGUAUAUUAUUAACAGGUUACUUCAAAGGAUGGUGCAAUUGGUCUCUGCAGAUUUGAAUGUGAAUAUUGCUCACUUAAUCAGAAUUGCCUAUUUGGUAGGUCUAAUUGUGAGUAGGUUGAGCGAGUUACCAUUUACAAAUGAAGCUGUUUUCUGGUUACUUAUUGCUGUGUAACAAGCCACUGUAAAGUUUAAAGAGGCUUGACUUUGUAAAAAGUUAGAAGUUAAGGAAGGAGGAGGCGGUUGAACUGGUUUGAAAAGUUCGAGAUAUGCCAUGCGUGCCUGGUGUUAUUGAAAAGCUGGGCCUAGCUUUUUCAUUGAGUUUCAAGGAUUCUCCAUGGUAGUUGGAUUUCUGUUUUUUUGUUUUUUGUUUUUGUUUUUUGAGACAGGGUUUCUCUUUUCUUUUUUGAGACUGGCUAUCCUGGAACUCACUCUGUAGACUAGGCUGGCCUCACACUCUGCCUCCCAAAUUCUGGGAUUAAAGAUGUGGGCCUCCAGCACCCAGCAGGUCAUUGGACUUUUAACAUGACAGCUCAGGGGGGCCAAAAGAUGCUAGUGUUCAAGCUCAAGCCCUCAGUCACCAUGCAGUCACUGCCAUACUUUAUAAGUGGUGAGCCCGAGCUUAGGGAGAGGAAAGACAUGCAGAGAUUUGAGACCAUGUUAAAUUGUUUACAUGUAACUUUAGGCUGUUCUUUUUUUCUAAACCUUUUGCAGUCAGUUAUUAAUACCAUUGAAGCCAUUUAUUCAGUCUGCUGUGUGACAGUAAAAGAUCUAGAAAGAGAAUGAGACAGAUACUUGAGGCUCACUCCAUUGGUUACAGCCUUCUUCCAAGUUCCACACACUUUAAAGUGCUAGUUCCUUUUCCGCUCUAUGCUUUGUUAUGGGAUUUUGCUGUGGUUGCUGUGAAGCCACAAUAGCUAUGCAUGCUGAGCCAAAACACUCCCUAGGACAUAAAAGAUGCAUUACCGUUUGAGAUUUUGAUUUAUUGGAGACAGCGGUAUUUAAGUUUAUACAUAGGUGGGAAAUUCCUGUGGUAUGAAAAUAUAUGGCUAUUAAAUCGUUUCAGGAAUUCCUGUUGUGUGGCUUACUAUCCUGUUGUUAAGAGGUUCUUAUUGCACUGUUGCUUUAUACAUGCCAAGCAAGUGCUCUAACCACUGAGCAGCAGCUCCAACUCGCCACAGUCAAUUUCACCUACUUGUCUUAUCCAGUCUCUAUCUCUACCACUUCUCCUCUCAUAUACUUUUAUGCUUAAUGAUGAGUUAAUUGGCGGAUCACAUUCUUACUGCUUUUCUUACAGCAAAAUCAGUUUCCCAAUUUUGUGUAUUAGCGUCUCUCAUUCAGAGUCACAGAUCAUUGGUGUUUUUUGAGGCUGGGGUUGUCAGAUUUAUAAUGCUUUACUUAAACCUCCACUAACUUAAGAUAGACUGGAAAACUUAAACUAGUCCUGCACUGAGAAGAAGAUAGUAGAGAAUAAAUUAUACUCUACUCAGUAUCCCCAAAUCAACACACUUCUAAGAGGAAAAAGAUUUGAGAUACCAAGUGAGUGGCUUCCCAGAGAAGUAGCUUCCGGCCCAUCAUGUCUAGUUCUCAUGUAGUCCAGUAAUCUCUGCUGCUAAAUGAGGCCUGGGGAGAUAGAGGGGUACGAGGAACCAAAGGCAUAAUUUAGGACUGUGUAAAAUGCUAGGAACUCAGGGAAAAGAGGAAAGAAAAGAAAACCCCAUAGUGCCGUCAGACAUCCAAGGAUAGAGCGAAGACUAAUUAGGUUUUAUCAUGUAAAGAGAAGUUUUAAUGAAUAAAAAGAAUAGAACUUAAUUUAAAACUUUUUUAAAUAUUCAUUUCUACCCUGAUACAAUCCACUUACCUCUGUCUUUCUUGAAAGAAUAACUUUGAAAUUACAGUCCCAGGAAAUAGCAGUUUUACUGUGAUAACCUAUGUCAUAACUGUUGUUGUUGUAUUCACUGAGAACCUCUCUGGAAUCUGGUCUUGGUUCGUGGUCAUUAGAUGGUCACACAGAGCGAGAAAGGCAAGCACAAGGGAGUCCUGCAGACGACAGUCUUUCCUUCCCUUCAGUGGCACAGCCACACAGCCACACGGCCACAGGAGUAGCACGGCCUUAGGGUCGAAGCUCUGCCUGUGGCCUCAUCUUGAAGCAGAUGCCGAUAACAUUUGAGAAUGGCAUGUUUCCUUUAAGUCAUAGAAACUGAACUGUAGUGGUUAAGAACCACUCAAAACAGAGAGGCUAUGCAGGGAACAAUGCUUAAAUGUGUUUCCUUUGGAAGCCAAAUUACUAAAGAGGUCACGAAAAGUGUACCACAAGUCCACCUCUGAAAUGCUAUCAGGUGGCAGGCAUAUUUAGAAUUUAUACGGAGUUUCUAGUAUUUUUACAAAAAUGACUUUAAAUCUGGUAAUGAGUUUUGUUGUUCUUUAAUGAGCCUAUUUUCUUUUUGGAAAAAUGGCUCAAUAAAAAUAUCACUAAAGAAUUCAAUUGUAUAUGCAUGUGCAUUAAACACAGAAUGGUAUACUGAAGAUAGUUCAUGCAAAUAAUUUUAUAGGAAGUUUAGCUAUUUUCUUAAUGUCUUUUUCAUAAUGUAUGCUUAUAAAUAUAUUUACUCACCCACCAUGAUCUUGGUAGCAUAGAAGCAUUGUGUUAGCUGUGUUGUGCUAAAAAUUAAAUUCUUAGCAUAGUAGGCUAUGAGAGCUUUUGUUAACUUUGUAUUUGGACUGAAAAAAAAACUAUUUCUUGCACUUUCUAUUUAUAAAGAUGUUAUAACACAUCUAACAGUUAGUACAUCUGUUUGUUUGUUUUUUUAAGAGCAGCAGAUGUAGGUAUUAAAGUGAAAUAUAUGCUUAAAGCCCUAGCAAAAGAAAAAGAAAAUAUGCUUAUAGCUACCUGAGAAAGGCUAGGGAUCAGUGCACAGCAAACAGCCUGAACAUAGCUGUUGGGAUAAGCAUCCUGUGGCUGUGAAUUGUAGUGUUGCUGCGAGUUGUCAGGCGUGUGUGUGUGUGUGUGUGUGUGUGUGUGUGUGUGUGUGUGUGUAAGGAAAAGGUGUUUAAUGAAGGCGGAUAAGUCAUUGUAGAAUAGCCUACCUCCCACUAAAUACUGAGCAUCUUCAGAGUUCCCUGGUGCCCUGGCAGGGGCUUGAUUCCUCAGCCAAUCUACCCCCAUUCUUUUCUAUAUACACUUCAGCUCCUCUACCUCUGAUCAUUCUGCUGAAGAAACAGGGUGUAGCUUUCUGUAGCAAGCAAAAGAAAGCUAGACUCAAAAUACAGAGGCUGCCAUGCAGAUGUUAAUGCUUGAUUCUGUUGCCCAAAGUCUUGCACUUGUCUGGUAGGAGGAUCUAGUAGAGGUAGAGGCCUUGCUCUGUGCGCCUCGCCCAUGCACAUGUGCUGUGUUUUAUUAUGUUGCCCAAGCUGGCCUCAAACUCUCCAGCCUCCUGACUUCGCCCACCAUUUUUGUCUCAUUGUGAUGUUCCCAAGGCAGAACCUCAGGCCUCGCUUUGUAGCUCAGGCUGGCCUUCAGCCCUCUCUGUUCCUGUCUUGGCCCCUUGAGUGCUGACACCGCCAGCAGGUACCACCGCAUCCUCUUUGUGUUUGUUCUUACAGAUGCCCAACUCUGUUGAGUGACACGAAGCAGCAUUAUUCUUUCAUUGCCUGCCGUUUGCAGUUCAUUUGUAGGGAGUGGCGUGUUAACCAUGUGUUCCUGAUAAUGAGCCUACUGUCAAUAUCUUACAUGGCUAUACAUGACAAGGAUUCUUGCAUGAUCUAUUUGCUUUUAAUUACUCCAAAAAGAGAUGUGCUUUCUAAAAUGCCAGUUACUGUCUUAAUAGUCAAGAAUUGAAUUUUGUACAUGGCAGAAAAGUUCAUUUCAAAGCUAAAAUGCCACCUAGUCAGAACUGGUUUCUACUUGAGGUGCUAGUUCUCAGAGCAAAGUCAGCUUACCUACCUUUGGAACAUUUGUAACAGCUGAGGAGCAACUAUUGGCUCUCACAGAUGUCCUGGAGUGUUUCACCUUGUUAGUCAACUGCUCUGUGUGGGCAACAAUAUCUAAAAACAGCAAUCUCUGGCUGGAAAUGAAAACUAGAGAAUAUCCAUUUUCAGAUCUUUAGGUGUUUGCCUUGUUUUCUGGGUACAGUUUUCUUUCCUUGUGAUACUAGGCAGGGCAGGUAGGAAACACAGACAAUGUGAAAUUCCCAAUAGGGAGAAAAGCACCCCACAUAAGUGACUGUGCACAGUUUAUGUAUGAAUCCAGUAUGAGUCCUACAGGGAGAAAGAUGAGUUUAAAAACGUGAGUCUGUUUAUUCGUAAACUGUAGAGUUGCUCUCAGUCUGCAGACCAUACUGGCAUGUCAGGCUCAGGAGUUAAGAAGUUGUGCUUAGGAAAGCUCUCCCUCCGGCUUACAGUUUGUAUACAGUUUUGCUCUAGGCCUACCCUGAUGUCUUGCUAUAAAUCAUUCUUUAAAACACAUAUUUAAUUAAGUCUUACUUAAUAAUACUUUAUUGUCAGUGUGGUUGCUUAUUUGGUUAAACUAAUAUUUGGAGGGGAAAAAAAGUAAGAAGUGCCCAGGUAAUUUUAUUGAGUUACAUUAAAAUCAUGAAUGUAAAAGGAGACCGAUACUUAGCCUCUUCCUCUGGCCUGGACGAGCAUCGGGCCUUUGUGAUAGAUACCCCUUCCAGACAUUCCCGUUUUGCUGUUGUGCAGCCUGGGCUUCCGAAAGAUCCCUAGGGACGGACGGCGUGGGCGUGCACUGGCUGCUCUGGUAUAGCACUCCUCUUUAACGUGCACGGCCCUGUGAGCAGUCACCUGAGCAACUACAGAGCCUGCCCGAUGAUCGUAUGUGCGGCCGGGGCUGGGGUUCACUUGUGAGUGCUCACGUGUGGUCUUAGACAGGACGGCCUCAGACUAGCACUAUCUCAUUCUCUCCCCUACCCCCCAAGUGAAGUGAAGGUGUGUGGGCUUUGUUUUAGAGGGCAGGGUUGGGUUUGGUUUGGGGGGUGGUUUGGUUGAAAAGAGAAAGACCUCCUUGGAGUCUAAUGCUAUCCCAUGGAGGGCUCUUGGCAAAAGCUGACAGUGGCCAGGGCGAAGGCUCAUCUACUUCUUCUCAGAGUAGGUCUGGAGAAAAAUGUUCCAUCCAUCCAGUAUCCUCUGUGCCAAGUACAGGGCGUGCAUACGAGCAGAGAAGCAGUUUCCAAGCCUCUUCUCUAAGAGCCCUUUUCCUCUACAUGUGAGAUUUGAGUGAUGACUGCUCGAUUCCCAUAGCUAAAUAGAGCAGUCCUUCAGUGUCCUGUUUAUAAAAAAAGACCCACAAGCCACACCCGAGCUGACUUUGGGCCACUAUUCUUUAUGAAAGAAACAGGUGGUAUUGUUACUUACGGAGAAAAGAAAAACCCUGCCUUGGGUGAUCAGGACACUUCUGAUCAUUUGUCUCUUAGCCUGGUAGGAUUUGUUAAGUGACUCUUGACUUCUUACCUGUUUCUUUCUGAAUGAAAUGAACUAGCCAAGGCUUAAGUAUUUCUGACUAGCCUAUGAAAUGAGCCUCCUUAACAUCUUUUGAUCCGACCCAGUCAUUCCCAAAGGAACUUGCGCGGCUUCCGUUCUCACCCUGAGUAGGAAAGCUGUAACAGUAGACAGUUUACUGCCUGCUGUGGCAACAGAGAGGGAAGAGUUGUUCAUCCGCAUAAAAAAAAAAAAAUGAAAGCCGCCAUUGAAAGGAACUACCUAGCAGCUCUGGCUGCUAAAAGAAGUGCCUUUAAGGAACUGAGCAUAUGCACUUCAGAAAUGGGUGGUGUGACAGGAAGAAAAGGUAGGGAAGGCCAAGUGUGAUUAGAGCAGAAUGGGAACUCCCACUCUAAAUAGCAGUGAAGGCCUUGGCUUGCUUAGCUGUGAGUGCAGCAUCCUGGACAACUGCCUCCCUGCCGGGGGACCUGCUGAAGACUUCCUGCUUGUAAGUAGGAUAGGAAGGCAGUUCUUGUAAGGGGUUCAUGUUGGAGAACAAGGUGGAGUGCUGUGAAACUUGAUGAAGUUUAUGCAAAUCACACCACAGUGGACUUGAAGCUUUUUGAAGGGACAAGAGAGCAAGGUGGGGAAGUGGUGGGAAAAGGUAAGUGUCGGCAUUUGAUCUUCUGAGCAAGAGUAAAAGAAAUUCUACCACAAGUAUAAAGUCAGAUCAUCUUCUGCCCUAAUAUGUUGUCUUAUUCAUUCAUUCAUUCAUUCAUUCAUUCACUCAUUCCCCCCCCCCCUUUGCCCCAUAUCUCCUUCUUUGUCCUUUUAAUACUGGGUAUUGAGCCCAAGAAUCUGAAGCAUGCUGGGCAAGCACUCUGCCACUGAACUGUCGUUCCAGUUCCAUUUCCAAACCUUUCUGAAACAGCUAAGCAGGUGCUAGUCUGAGCACAGUGGGAGCCCCUUGCUCCAUCACUGGUCCUCAGUGAAUUGCAUGUGUCAUCAGAACUGUAGGCCCAGGAAGUGUGCUCUCAGAGUCCAUUAGUUCUCACCUGCUGUGUCUGUUCACGGCUUUGGCCUAGUGACUUUUAUGUUCUAAUGGAUCUAGUACUCAGGACCCAGUAGCUUCCUUUUCCUUUAAGACAUCUUCAGAACAGCACUCUGGACCGCGGGUUCUCAGUCUACCUAAGUGAGGGAAAGUGCAUUGGCAGAGCACUUAGAUUUCCUGGUGCAUGUUGUUUAGGUGGGCCACCCAGGUACUGCCUGUGAAAGGCAGAAGGCUGAGGACAAGAGGAGCAGCAACGCAGCAGACAUUUGAUUCCCUUCAGAUGGACCUAUUCUGAAGGAACUAUAUCCAACUCUUCUCUAUGGUGCUUAUUUAAGGGGGACAGCUGUCUCCCGACUACCUGUCCCUGGCACUGUGCCUUCCCACUGGUCACUGUGAAAAAUAGAUCACACUGGACUCAGAGGCCAGAAUCCAGGACAAGAUUCCUCUUAUCUUGAGCCCAUUGCUUCUUCACACAGCUUAUAAUGUAGCAUUAACUUCUCUCUGAGGACGUCGGGGAUUUUCAUCCCAAGAAACCACCAUAAAACAUAAGGAAACAAAAUUAGAUUUGGGUUAUAGUUGUCACAUUACAAAAAUCACAGAUUUUACUUCAGCUGCUACUGAGUGACAACAGGAAUCAAACUGCAGCCUCCUCCUGUUUCUGAAGCAGCCACAAUAGCAUUUGAAAGCAGCAGGGAGCUGACUAGUUUCCACUAGUUCAUCAUAGAGAGUCCAUAUUGAAAGAGACAAUCACUUUCUGAAACAUUGGUCCUGGAUGGGAAUGGGAUAGAUUAUUUUUAACUACCAGUCUGUUUUCUCCCUAUGAAAAGAAUCUGACACUUGAGUUUUGUGUCUUUCAUCUGCAGCAAUUAUGCCAUUAAUAAUAAAGAUGCCUCAGACAGCACAGCAGGGUAGCGCUCCCAGACCUCUGAGAACACAGGGUUGCUGUGCGCAUCUUUCUCCUAAGACUUUGGUUUUUGUUGUUGUGACCUUAACUAUAAAUACCUAUAUAUAGGAGUAGGAUUUUCUCUCCCCAGCCUCCUUUAAUCAUCACGUAAGUGUAAACCCUCCCUUCCCCUUUACUGAAAAUAACAAAAACAAGUAUGCACUUUAAUUCCUAAGGAGUGUGGCUGUUCCUGGCCUUGAAGCUAGAUCACUCAGGAGGAGAGUUGAGGGAAAACUUGCCAGACCCUGUUAGGUUUAAUCACAUUUCUUUGUCCCUUACUCCCAUAGUGCUGGGGAUUGAACCAAGGGCCUUACAUAUGCUAGGCAACUAAACUGCUGCCCCAGUAACACAUAUCUCAGUGUGAACACAAAAUACCAUGUGUUUUAAGCUGCCCCCAAGUACUCCCUGCCAAAGGGCAAAAGAACCACUAAAGAGUUCAAAAUACCUACCAUGAUUUGGGAAUUUAUUUCUGGGGGAAAUUUUAUUUUCAUUGAAUUAUUUUUUUAGCUGCCAAAUUAUAUCUUUAAAAAAUCGUGUUUUGUUUCAAGUUCUUUUUUCUUUUUUUGAUUUAAAAAAAAAAAAACAAUGG